AUGCUACCCUUUCUUCUUAUAUUUUCUGUUAUUCUAUGCAACCACUUCACGGAUUCCGCUCAAGUCCCACGGAUACAAAAUGGGAUUGUUGGAGAACCCGAAGUGAUCUGCGACAUCCGUCACAUUCGUAUCACCAUGAAAACCCUGCAGCCAUUCCUAGGGAACCUCUACGCCAAGGGAUUCUUCCACAAGUCGGAAUGCAGAAUCCGUGGGAAUUCCACGGCAAAUUCAGUUGAGAUAGUGAUCCCGGUGGAUUCCGAUUGUGGGAUCCGCCGGAAGCGAAUGAUGAAUCCAAGAGGGAUUUUACUGGAUACAAUUGUCAUAUUGAUGUUCCACCCUGUCUUCCUAACCCAGACGGAUCGGAGUUAUCACGUACAGUGCCAGUACACCGAGUCGGAAAGGACAGUGACAAACGCAUUGGAUGUGAGUAUGCAGCCAGCAUCCGAGCUCCCUCAAAGCAUCCAACAACAAGACGAAGCCUCGGCGCCCGUGUGCAAGUACGAGGUCCUCAUGGAGAGCUCCACAGGCGCCCCGCUAUCUCACGCUACAGUAGGCGACCAGGUCUACCAUAAAUGGUUUUGCGACGGUAGCAACAAGGAGAUGUACUGUAUGACCGUCCACUCGUGUGUCGUCGAUGACGGCCAAGGGUUUGGACAAAAGUUGGUCGAUGAACAGGGGUGCUCCUUGGACCCGUUUAUACUGAAAGAGUUGGAGUAUAAGGAGAAUGAACUGGAGGCUGGACAGAUGUCGAGUGUGUUCAAGUUUGCGGAUAAACCGACGGUAUUCUUCAGUUGUAUGAUAAGAGUGGAGAUGAAGGAGUCGGCGGAGACACCGUGUGUGACUCCAACUUGCAAGGCCUCUUCCUCUGGAAAACCCGAAUCUCUCGACGUCAUGACCAGCCGAAAAGUGUCCGAUGAAAACAUACCCCCUGGAUUCCCAAGACCUCCAAAUGACACCAGACUUCAGAAGUCGGCAAAGUUCUCCUCAAGCGACUAUACCAAUAGCGACUUUUGGAUGAUGAGUUGGAGGAAGAAAAUGAACCGACUGAUACGGAGGGAUGUCGCAUCGAAUAAGAACAAGUUGCUGGCAGAUUUUGAUGUAGCGGCGCCAUCUGUCAACGUGCAAGACCUCCCAGAAUCAGAACUCGGCGACAAAACAUCUGACAAAUCCAGAAAACUUCGAACGCCUGCUGAUCCUGGUGGCAUUGGGCAUUGUGACGGUGUCGCUGAUGUAUUUGGUGAUAAGUAG